AUGCCCGUGAUGGAGGGCGACACCUCGCAGGAGGCUGCGUCGGCCGACACUCCUGCCACCACGGCUGCAUCGGACGAGCGGGCGCGACCGCUUGCUUCAUUCAGACUGCCGGCGUUUGCCCCGGACGAGGCGGACCUCUGGCUGCUCCAAGUUGAAUGUGCGUUCGACGUGGCUGGCAUUGCCGAUCCCGUCACAAAGUUCAAGCUGCUGGUGGCAAAUCUGCCUACCAACGUGGCGGCCCAACGCCUCGCCCAGUCCCGUGCCAGCCGCCUCGAGGCCCUGCUCCGGCAUCAACAGCUCGGCGACAGGUCGCCUUCCCAGCUGCUUCGCGAUAUGAGAGGACAACUUUCAACGGCUGGCGACUCGUCGGUGGACAGUGGCCUACUGAGGACCCUGUUCCUCCAGCGGCUGCCGCAGUCCGCCCGCGCCGCUCUCUCGCUCCUGCCGGAGGCCACUCCGCUGGCAGAGCUCGCACAGGCGGCUGACCGCUUCCUGGAGGCGUCUCGUCCCACUGGCGCCGUCUCCGCCGUAGGUGCGAACUCCAGCCCGGCUCCUGCGGCCACGACUGGGGACGGAGAUCUGGCUGCCGCCAUCGCUUCCCUGUCCGCCGUCAUCAGCCGGCUGGACACCUCCCAUCGGCGGUUGGAGGGGGCAGUUGCUGGUCGCCGCUCGCGGCCAGGAACGCCUAGGCGUGGCUCCCGGUCGUCCUCGCCCUCCCGCGACGAGCGGGAGGAUUACUGCUGGUACCACCGCACCUAUGGAGCGCGGGCCCGAAAGUGCACUGGGCCGUGUGCGUGGACGCCGGCGGGAAACUCGGAGGCCUGA